AUGGGCUCCAACGCUGCGAGCGCGCCAUUGCGCAUGGCCAUCCUCAUGGCUGAUACGCCGCUCCCCAAGACCGCCGCCACGUACGGCACCUAUGGCGGCGUCUUCAUCGACCUGUUCCGCCGCGCUGUGGCUCCCUCGGGCGCGUCCCUCGAAUCGGUCCUCGCCAUCACCACGCACGACGUUGUCGCCGACGGCUUCGAGUCGGCCUACCCCGACCUCGCGCACGUCGACGUCGUCCUCAUCACCGGCUCCAAGCACACGGCCUUUGACAACACGCCCUGGAUCCAGGCGCUGGUCGCCUUCACCCAGCGCACCCUGGCCACGACAACGCCCGAAGCCAUGGCCGCCGGCGUCCACCCGGUGCGCAUGCUCGGCAUCUGCUUCGGCCACCAGAUCAUCGGCCGGGCCCUCGGCGCGCCCGUCACCAAGGGCGCCAAGGGCUGGGAGGUCAGCGUGACGGACGUGGCGCUGUCGCCCGAGGGCGCGGCGUUCUUUGGCAGCGAGCUGCGCGCGGCCGAUCAUGGCCGCCUGGCCAUCCAGCAGAUGCACCGCGACAUUGUGGUCGAGUAUCCCGCAGGGGCGGUGCCGCUGGCGUCGACGGACGUGUGCGCGGUGCAGGGCAUGCUGCUGCCCGGGCGGGCGGUGACGGUACAGGGCCACCCCGAGUUCACGGGCCCGAUUGUGCGGGAGAUUCUGGAGGCGCGGCACGCCAUGGGCGUGCUGUCGGACGACGUGUACCAGAAGGGCAUCGACGUCGUGGACGACAAGCACGACGGCGAGGCAAUCGCGCGGGCGUUCCUCAAGUUCGCGCAGGGUGCAUAG